AUGUUUGAAGUUUCUGGUACGCAACAACACGUGAAUACUAAGCAGAUGCUGCAACAACAUGAGAAGAACCAAAAGGUACCAGCUGCUCCUAAAGAUUCCGUCAUGUUAUUGAAAAAUCUAGUAACAAGGAAUGUAGACACACAAGCGGUGGUGGAUACCGCCGUAGAUGUCACUUGCUUCACAUUCUUCGGAAAAAGCUCCGAAGAGAUUGCCCAAGGGACUAUGGAGACCCCCAUUUGGUAUGAGAAUAUCAAAAAUACUAGACUGAGCAGUGGCAACCAGUAUAUGGGUUCUACACUCCAGCUUGUGUGA